CCGCAGGAGACAGGCGGCGGGAGAGGAAGGAGGAGCUGCGGCGCCACCUCGCCGAAGACGCCGACUGGCCGCGGGCCGACGGCCGCUCCUUCCACGACUGCCGGCCAGCGUUUAUGCAGACAGGACCAACUACUGCUGCAUCAGGGUCUGCUUAUGCAGAAUUUGGGAAGACAAAGGUCAUUGUAUCGGUUUUUGGACCAAGGGAAAGUAAGAAAGCAAUGAUGUACAGUGACGUUGGUAGGCUCAAUUGCAAUGUGAGCUAUACAACCUUUGCCACUCCAGUGCGUGGACAGGGAGCAGACAACAAAGAGUAUUCAUCGAUGCUUCAUAAAGCUCUGGAAGGCGCAGUAAUGCUGCACACUUUUCCAAAGACCACUGUUGAUGUUUUUGCCUUGGUUCUUGAGUCUGGUGGCAGUGAUCUUCCCAUCAUUAUAUCAUGCGCUAGUCUUGCAUUGGCAGAUGCUGGAAUCAUGAUGUAUGACCUUGUUACAUCUGUAUCCGUGUCCUGUUUCAGAAAGAACAUCAUCAUCGAUCCAACCUCAGACGAGGAAGCAUGGCAAGACGGAAGCCUUGUGGUGGCUUUCAUGCCAGCCCGCAAGGAGAUCACGCAGCUCACGCUCACUGGAGAGUGGAGCGAUGGCAGAAUAACCAAUGCAGUAGAGCUCUGUAUGGAUGCUUGCAGCAAGCUGGGUGACAUAUUGCGUGACCGCUUGAAAGAUACCGCUACCUUGACGUGUGAAUGACGUGUUAGAGAGAGCACUGGCAACAACAGAUGUUCUUAGCUGUACAAAUUCUGUAGGCAGGGGAGGCUGAUCGGCCUGAUGUUUGAGUGAGCAUGAUGCAUGGUUAUGAUGAUGGUCUCCUUCACGGCAAAAGCUGUCAAACCGGGAAGAAAUUGCAGGGCAGUGUGUAUUUGGCAUGUAACGUACUUCUGACUGACCUUUGCCUUCAUGUAGCAUCUGUAUCUUUCUUUUUCCGCGUACUGUAACACUUCUUACUCUACCAGGAGCUGGAAUUUUUUUGGUUCGGGUGAAAAAACAUUUUGCUGCUCUCAGCUUUUC